AUGUUCCGCACCGCCCUUCUCAGGACCGCUCCGGCUCUCCGAACCGUCGCCGCGAGGCCCGCCGUCUCGUCGACUAGGUUCCUUAGCGGCGUCGCGCGCAGGCCCGUCGUGAUUGCGCCAACACGCACUGCUGCUUUUGCGGUUAGGUAUUACUCUGCGGGGGGAUCGCUUAACAAGGAGGAGGUUGAGGGAAGGAUCAUCUCUUUGCUCCAGGGCUUCGACAAGGUCAACGACCCCAACAACAUCAAGCCCAAUGCCCACUUCUCCAACGAUCUCGGCUUGGACAGCCUUGACACCGUCGAGGUCGUCAUGGCCAUCGAGGAGGAGUUCAGCAUUGAGAUCCCCGACAAGGAGGCCGAUGCCAUCCACUCCAUCGACCAAGCGGUGGAGUACAUCCUCAAACAGCCCGACGCCAACUAA